AUGGCUGCCCGUCUAAGAGCUAUUCUUGGUCAAUUGACACCGUUCACUACAACUGCAUCUACAGCACAGUCUGUCCUCAUGAGCGAGUUGCUAGCGGGAGUUCACAGCAGCGCAAUCCCAAAACUCGGCGCCACGAACAACCUGGUUGAAUGGACACAGGACCUUGCGAAAGAUACACUGCAUCAGAUGACUGCUGUUGUCCAAAAUCCACACGACACAUUUAGUCCUGUUUUCCGCGAAGCCUACAAGAAGGCUCUGGGAGGCACGCAGAUGAUCGAAGGAUUCACCAAAGACCAUCCCUUGUUCUCUCUCGUUGUUGCUCUUGGUGUGUUGUACAUCAUGGCUCCGUGGGUCCUCCAGCUAUUAGGCUUUACGUCAAAGGGCCCUGCUCUUGGUGCGCUACCCUUCCCAAAGCUCUUUAAACCCCACAGCUGACCCAAAAGGUUCAUUUGCUGCAUCAUGGGAAUCUACUUACGGUGGUUUUGUGCCGGCAAAUACCCUCUUCUCUUACUUGCAGCACCUGAGGAUGACAGUGUUAGUGUAG